AUGGCCGCUAGCUUCGUUGUCGCUGGAUACAACUUUUUAUCGUCCUCGCAACGAUUAGCUUCCCAGGUCGACUGCUUCUCUAGUACUCGCUCGCUGACCGCGUUUUCCUCUGGAGCGGUUUCUGGCGAGAGGCGCCUGCGCUACCGAACACGUGCCGUCGUGGCGACGCGAUUUCUCAUCCUCAGGCCGUCGUUGCCUCGUCACGCGUGCUUCCGCGAUUUCCGCACACUGUUCUAUGAAUGCUUAGUAUCGACUGACAACGAUGUCGGAAUCGUUCGCGUGUCGUCGCACGGCGAAAUCGAUGGACGCGCGUCGCAGCACGGCGAAAUCGUCGUCCCCGCGUCGCAGCCCGGCGAAAUUGUCGUCCUCGCGUCUUAG